GCGGCGGCGGCGCGUGGGGCCCGGCAGACGGGAGCGCAGCGCGCCUCUGCUCCGCGCCGGCCGGCAGCGCCCGCCCUCACCCUCGCCCUCGCCUUCGCCCAGCGUGGUCUCUCCUGCCGCCCGCGACGCCCGUGACUUCAGUUCGGCUCCACCCCCGCGUGGCGGCGGCGGCGGCUCGCUCGGUCCGAACCCGCGCUCCGCGCCAGCCAGCCCAGCCCAGCGCAGCCCAUCCCGGUCGAGCGGCCGCCACCUGCGCGGCGCCGCCUCCGCUUCCGCCUCCGCGCAGCCCGCGGCUCAACUUGGAUGGAGUUGGGGUCCUGAGCGUCCGCCGGCCGCCGCCAGCCAAGAGCCCCGUGCCGCCUCGCUCCGGAACCGUCUCGCUCCUCUCCGCCCCGCGAUGGGAAAAGUUGGCGCCGGCGCCGGCGGCGGCCGCCCGGCCGGGUGGAGCGCGCUCCUGGCCAGCGCGGGGCUGCUGGUGCUCUGCGCCCCCGGCGCCUGCGGCGGCCGCUCCGGAUGCCCCGCACCGCACCCCAGCUCGGCCCCGCGAGGGACCGCGACCCCGGGGGCAUCCCCUCGGCCGGGGCCCCCGGGAAAGGCUCCCGCCACGCCCCCACCCCUCCUUGCGCGCCCCCUGUUUGCGGCGGCCCCCGGGGACCGUGCGCUCUCCCUGGAGCGGGCCCGGGGCACCAAGACGGCCGCGGCCGUGGCCGGACGCUCCGGCCGGAGGAGACGCAGCGAGGCGGAUCAGGAGACGGCAGAACACGGCGUGGACGCGAGCAGGAGCCCCCGGAGUGUGCUGAAGGACGGAGGGCAGUCCGAGCCCGGGACCCGGGAGCGGGACCCGGACAAAGCCACCCGCUUCCGGAUGGAAGAGCUGAGACUGACCAGCACCACGUUCGCACUGACCGGAGAUUCCGCGCACAACCAAGCCAUGGUCCACUGGUCUGGGCACAACAGCAGCGUGAUUCUCAUUCUGACGAAGCUCUAUGACUAUAACCUGGGGAGCAUCACCGAGAGCUCACUUUGGAGGUCAACCGAUUACGGGACAACUUAUGAGAAGCUGAAUGAUAAAGUGGGUCUGAAGACGAUUUUGAGCUAUCUCUAUGUAUGUCCUACCAACAAGCGUAAGAUUAUGCUGCUCACGGACCCAGAGAUUGAGAGCAGCCUGUUGAUCAGCUCUGAUGAAGGCGCCACCUAUCAGAAGUACCGGCUGAACUUUUACAUCCAGAGCCUGCUGUUCCACCCAAAGCAGGAAGACUGGAUUCUGGCAUACAGUCAAGAUCAAAAGCUCUACAGCUCUACUGAAUUUGGGAGAAGGUGGCAACUUGUCCAAGAAGGAGUGGUACCAAACAGAUUCUACUGGUCCGUGAUGGGGUCCAACAAGGAGCCAGAUCUCGUGCAUCUUGAGGCCAGAACUGUGGAUGGUCAUUCACAAUAUCUCACUUGCAGAAUGCAGAAUUGCACAGACACCAACAAAAACAAACCUUUCCCAGGCUACAUUGACCACGACUCUCUGAUCGUCCAGGACGAUUAUGUGUUUGUUCAGCUGACCUCCGGAGGAAGACCACAUUACUACGUGUCCUACCACAGGAACGCGUUUGCCCAAAUGAAGCUUCCAAAGUACGCGUUGCCCAAGGACAUGCAUGUCAUCAGCACGGAUGAGAACCAAGUGUUUGCAGCCGUGCAAGAGUGGAACCAGAACGACACGUACAACCUCUACAUCUCAGACACCCGUGGCAUCUACUUCACACUGGCCUUGGAGAACGUGCAGAGCAGCCGAGGCCCUGAGGGCAAUGUCAUGAUCGACCUCUAUGAGGUAGCAGGGAUAAAGGGAAUGUUCUUGGCUAACAAGAAGAUUGACAACCAGGUGAAGACUUUCAUCACGUACAACAAAGGCCGAGACUGGCGCCUGCUGCAGGCACCAGACACAGAUCUCAGGGGGGACCCUGUGCACUGUCUGCUGCCCUACUGCUCCCUGCACCUGCACCUGAAGGUUUCUGAGAAUCCCUACACAUCGGGGAUCAUUGCCAGCAGAGACACAGCUCCGAGCAUCAUAGUUGCCUCAGGCAAUAUAGGUUCCGAAUUGUCAGACAACGACAUCAGCAUGUUCGUUUCUUCAGAUGCAGGGAACACUUGGAGACAGAUCUUUGAAGAAGAGCACAGCAUUUUGUACCUUGAUCAAGGUGGAGUCCUGGUUGCUAUGAAGCACACCUCUCUCCCGAUUCGACAUCUUUGGUUGAGUUUUGAUGAAGGGAGGUCUUGGAGCAAAUACAGUUUCACCUCUAUUCCACUUUUUGUGGAUGGUGUCCUUGGGGAGCCUGGAGAGGAGACUCUAAUCAUGACCGUGUUUGGACACUUCAGCCACCGCUCUGAAUGGCAGCUGGUCAAAGUGGACUACAAAUCCAUUUUCGACAGACGGUGCGCCGAGGAGGACUACACCCCUUGGCACUUAUACAACCAGGGGGAGGCGUGCAUCAUGGGAGCCAAAAGGAAAUACAAGAAGCGAAAAUCAGAGCGGAAGUGCAUGCAGGGAAAAUAUGCAGGUGCCAUGGAGUCUGAGCCCUGUGUCUGCACAGAAGCCGAUUUUGACUGUGACUAUGGCUACGAGAGGCACAGCAAUGGGCAGUGCCUGCCAGCAUUUUGGUUCAAUCCAUCCUCCCUGUCCAAGGACUGCAGCGUGGGGCAGAGCUACCUCAACAGCACUGGGUACAGAAAGGUGGUUUCCAAUAACUGCACAGAUGGAGUGCGAGAGCAGUACACUGCCAAACCACAGAAGUGUCCAGGCAAGGCCCCUCGUGGGCUCCGGAUCCUCACCGCUGAUGGGAAGCUGACAGCAGAGCAAGGCCACAAUGUCACCCUGCUGGUGCAGCUGGAAGAGGGUGAUGUUCAGCGGACGAUCAUCCAAGUGGACUUCGGCGAUGGCAUUGCGGUGUCUUACGUCAACCUCAGCUCCAUGGAGGAUGGCAUCAAGCACGUCUACCAGAAUGUGGGCAUCUUCCGAGUGACCGUGCAGGUGGACAACAGUCUGGGGUCUGACAGCGCCGUCCUGUACUUACAUGUAACUUGUCCCCUGGAGCACGUGCACCUUUCUCUUCCCUUUGUCACCACGAAGAACAAAGAGGUCAACGCCACUGCAGUGCUGUGGCCCAGCCAAGUGGGCACCCUCACAUAUGUGUGGUGGUACGGAAACAACACAGAGCCCUUGAUCACCUUGGAGGGAAGCGUAUCGUUCAGGUUCACUUCCGAGGGGAUGAACACCAUCACGGUGCAGGUCUCCGCAGGGAAUGCCAUUCUGCAGGACACGAAGACCAUCGCAGUGUACGAGGAGUUCCGCUCGCUCCGCCUGUCCUUUUCUCCAAACCUGGAUGACUACAACCCAGACAUCCCCGAGUGGAGGAGGGACAUCAGCCGCGUCAUCAGGAAGUCCCUGGUAGAGGCCACAGGGGUUCCAAGCCAGCACAUCCUGGUGGCCGUGCUGCCCGGCCUGCCCACUGCUGCGGAGCUCUUUGUUCUGCCCUAUCAGGAUCCUGCAGGAGAGAACAGAAGGUCCCCUGAGGAUCUGGAGCAGAUAUCAGAAGUGCUGAUUCACAAGCUCAACCAAAACGCAGUGCACUUUGAGCUGAAGCCCGGGGUGCAAGUUCUGGUCCAUGCAGCACACUUAACGGCAGCCCCGCUGGUGGACCUCACCCCAACCCACAGUGGGUCCGCCAUGCUGAUGCUGCUCUCGGUGGUGUUUGUAGGACUGGCUGUGUUUGUCAUCUACAAGUUUAAGAGGAGAGUAGCUUUACCCUCCCCUCCCUCCCCUUCUACUCAACCUGGUGACUCAUCUCUCCGAUUGCAAAGAGCAAGACACGCCACUCCACCUUCAACGCCAAAGCGGGGAUCUGCAGGGCCACAAUUUGCAAUUUAAGGAAAACCCCCAAAGGCCGCAGGCGACCUGCUGAUCAGGAAAGAAUUUCGCAGUUGUCAAGUGCAUCAUCCUUCAUGACCACUAACUUUAUGUUCUUUUUUUCUUUCCUUUGUUGUUCUGUUUCCUAUUUUGCCAGGAAGUAUUUCCAUAGUUGCUGAGAAUCAAAGCACAAAAGAAAUCCCUACCUUUGUAAAUGUUUGAAUGGAGGACGCCAGUAAAACAAACAAUAAAAUAAAAACACCAAAAUCCAAACAAACAAACAAACACUCACUGCAUCGGGACUUUUUAAUUCUUCAGACACAGACAACAAGGGUUUUUAGCUUUAAGCCUGUGCAUGUGGACACUAACUUGAGAACAUGUUCGGAAGGGGUAGUGUACAGGUGCUCUAUUUUAAUGGAAAACACUCCCUUUCCCUUUCUUCUCUUUUUUCGAUCGGUCGUGUUUGUAGAAAAUUCAUAACAUAUGUAGGCCAAGGAAAUCUGCAUGCAUUUUUGGAAACAUUCUUGGCUGUAGAUUUAACAGCUCUUUUAGCACUGCAGGCUGCUGAGUGGAUUAGCCAUCUCACGCCUUUUCACAAGACAUGCACAGGAGUUGAAACCUAGAGCUAUUUCUCCAUUUCACCAUUCUUACUGUCACAGUCCCUUCUGAGUUAGCUUCCGGAGCCCUGAUGGUCAGCAGUGGCCACAGGCUGUUCUCUCUCUCUCUCUCUCUCUCUCUCUCUCUCUCUCUCUCUCUCUUUCUCUUUCUCUUUCUCUUUCUCUUUCUUUCUCUCUGUCCAUUCUCUGUGGCCACAGGGAGAAAGAUGCAAAUUGAAGAUCCAUGUACAAAGGUGCAAUGGGGAGGGAAGAGGAGCAGGAGCAGGGAAACAGUGUGUCAGAUAUGGACCUUUGUUUCCCAUUCAGCUUUUCUCCUUGCAGCUUUGCUUACUCUAAUUCGCAAUGAUGUCAAAAAUGGGAUUUUUCCCCCCGAUAGUUAACCAUUGUUUUGCCUUCCCAUUGGUUUGCCAUUCUUGUGUGGCCAUCAUCCGUUGAUGUAUUUGAAUCUUUUUUUCUCCACUCCCCAAGUUAUCUUUCAGGGGUUCCCACCUUUUCUUCCCAAACAUGUUGCUAGAAUUUGAACAUUUAACGCUGACAUUUCCUAAGUACUGGCCUAGCUUCUGCCAUCCUUGCUCCCACCACUCACCAGUCUCAACCUCUGUUGGUUCCGUACAUGGCCAAGCAUGCCAGACUCCCUGUGCACCAACCAAACCGCAUCCUGCCCAGCAGGGAUCAGUUCCACGCACCCUUUGUUUCUUCCUCCAGAGCCCACCUUUUCCAAAUAUCCCUACCUUUUCCCACCUGGGAACAUGCAAUGUGUGUGAAAGAGUUGAUACAUGCAAAGAAAUCCAAACUGGGCUGCAUACUUUGGAAAAGAAAGUGUAUAGAUCAAUAACAGUGUUCGCACACAUUAACAAAAAUGUUGUGUGGUCAGAUUACAGAAGACUUGUGAGAUACGUUUUGAAUGUAUAAAAGUAUUGCAGGAGAGUUUCUUCCUGUGACAGUAGCUGUUGCCCAAUAUUUCUCUCUUCUAGUAGAAUAAAAAUAUUUGUGAAAUAAAACUGACUUUACCAGGAGAAGCAGGUGAGGAGUUAAUGUUUAAGUGUCCAGAAAUCUGAGAAAAUAGGUCUUAUCUUGCAUUAGGGUGAGAUUUCAAUGAUUUAGAGUGAUCUCAGUGAUUUGACAUGCCUUCUCUGAUCUCUGACUAUCAUGGCGUCAGUAAAGAAAAAGUCAGUAUGAAUUUAAAGGAAUUAGCUGACUACAGUAGAAUGAAAGAAAUCCUCAAAAUCCUCAAAUCCUCAGCGCAUGAAAUAACUCUAGUUUUCCAAGGGCAAUCAUGAAAGUAGGACCAGAGAAAGAAGGAAAUAAAAAACCUGUCUGCUACUGAAGCCCCUUCCAUGCUAGGUCUGGACAAAGCCCACAUGAAGGGCAGAAGAGAGCAAUUCUGUCAGACUGGCCAGAAAAAUUCAGUUUCAUGGCUGUGUUUCCAAGCCAACGACAGCAUGGAAAAUAGGGGCUGGUGAUGAUGAGGGUUCCAAAUGCUCCCGAUGGUCCCGCCCCUUGUGUAACUCGGUCAGGGGAAGAGCAGAAAAGCUACUGCCAGGCAGGAGUCACACAGAAUGUUUGAGGGUUGAAGAUGCCCCACCUCUGUCAGAAUCAGGGCAGGGACUCUGCUGGACGUGGCCGCCUCCUUGUAGAGUAUCAUCCCUCCCCAGCCUGCCAGGCUGCCUAUCUCAUAGAGAACAUCCUCAUUGAUUCUCUUUAAGUAGAGCCUCCCAAGUUUAAUCUGGAAAACAACAUGCUUAGAAAUCAAAAGAGGCUUACACAAGAGCCUAGGGAGUCCUCCGAGUUGCAGUUCAAUUCAUUUUAAUUAGAAAAUUAUGAAAAGGGGAAUAACAUUCUUAAUCCCGCACAGUGCCUUGCCUAGAGUACUAGUAUGAAAACCCUUUGUUAAUGAACUACAUCAGUGGAAAGACCCAAGGAGGAAGGGCUGUUGGUCACAAUGUAAAGCAGAGGUAGACAUGGGAUGCCUGGCAUUUUGGAAAGUGACCAAAUGUGACCAAGAGACAGAUGGAGCAUCUCCAGUGUCCUCACGUGCCUCUUCUCGAAGUUCCCUCACACUGUAGGUGACAGGUGAAGCAAGGACCCCAUAGUGUUGAGAAGGAACCCCACAGUUCCCAUAACCUUAACUAGGUUCUGAAAGUGCCAUGCCAGGCCAGCAAUACCAGAGUCACCUGCAAAUACUGGGGCUGUACCCAGGCCAACUGAGUCCCUACUGCUAGGUCAUAGCAGACCCCGCAGUCUACUUUAACAGACCAUCCAGGUGAUUGUGGUAUAUGCAGAACACCAUACUAUGCUGUUCCAACUCCCAAAAGAAAGAAGCCAGCACCUACAAAUGGGAGGGACCCAAGUGCCUACCUGCUUGCUCAUAGCAGGUGCCAACCCAGUGAAGGGUUCGGUGGGCUUAGGGCCAGAGGAGGAUGAUGAGAGAGGGGUGUGACAGGUAUUUUCAGGGCAGGCUAAAAAUACUGCAACAUUUUCUAAAACGCCGAAGGCAAACUGCAUGCGUACCCUGAGCUACCCAACCAAUGUUUCUCCUUUGCCUUAUCCCAGUUGAAUUCACUGUCCAAAAUGCAGAGGUUUGCUUUGCUUUUUUCAGAAGUUCCAAACAGCAACUUUGAGAGCAGUGGGGUGCUUGGCAGCUGUUCGGUGUUUUCCAGGAUUCCAACUGAGCAUUGAAACCCCUCAUUUGCCAACUUAUUUUUAUAGGAAGCCAAUUUAAAAACAAUGAAAGUUUUCUUAUAGUAUUGGAACUACUUCUAAUUUUAAAAUGACUUUUUUGAUGUAUUUUUUGUUAAAUACUAUGUAGUGUAAUGUAUAAUUGCUCUUGUUUAUUGCUUUUACAAUCAUAUUUAUUAAACAGAUAAUGUCUCUAAA